AUGGGGUGCAGCUCGGGCAAAGCGGGGCCCCCCUCCAAGGGAGCCAGCUCUGAUCCCAAGGGGAAAGGCUCCGCGACCGCGGCGACCGACCUCCCUCUCCGCGGCAUCCGCGUCGUGGACUUCGGGCAGUUCGUUGCUGGGCCCAUGUGCGGGAAGAUGUUGCUGGACCAGGGCGCUGACGUAAUACACAUUGGGCCACCUCGGCCGUCUUGGAAUUCUCAGGCGAAUUCUGUGCUCAACAUGGGCAAGCAUCUAGUCACUUUGGACUUGAAAGACGCCAAGGAUGUCCAGAAGGCCAGAGACUUGUACAUCUCAAAGGCAGACAUCCUCAUCGAGAAUUUUCCGCCUGGUCGCAUGGACAAGUUCGGCCUGGGUGCAGACGCCAUGCUAAAGGCGUAUCCUGGCCUCAUCUAUGUCUCCAUGCCUGGCUUUGCCUCUGGCGACGAAGAAUUCCAGGACGUGAAGGCACACGAGCAUGUCAUCAUGGCCAGGGCCGGAGUCUUCUGGACAUGGGUCUCUCCAGGUCCCUGCGAGGCGUGA